GUAAAGAAGAAGCGUGCACAAUCACUAGAAAGAGCUGAGCUUGUUACAGAGAGCCGGAGACACAGGCGGACGCGGAGAGAGAUGGGGCGAGUGGCGACGUUGGUGGGAGUGGCGGUGGCGUUGUGGCUGGCGGCAGUGAUGUUGCCGGAGGUGGCGGCGGUGAGGAUUCUGGUAGGGAAGGGCAUGGGCGACGCGUGGACCACCAACGUCAACUACACAGUUUGGGCUCAAGGCUGGCACUUCUACAAUGGCGACUGGCUUUUCUUUGUGUACGAUAGGAACCAAUUGAGCGUGCUCGAGGUGAACGAGACGGACUACGAGUCGUGCAACUCCAAUCACCCGUUGGUGAACUGGACCACGGGAAAAGGGAGGGACGUCGUCCCACUGAACGUCACGAGGCCUUACUACUUCAUCAGCGGCAAUGGAUUUUGCUUCGGGGGAGCGAAGCUCGCUAUCAACGUAGAAAAUCCACCGCCCCCUCCCGUGGCCUCUCCAGUGAAGGGCGGAUCCCCGGCUUCUUACCGCGGGCGGAUCGUCCUACCGGCGGUUUUUGCAAUCGGCGCCAUGUGGGACGCAUUCCUCGGGUUCUGCUAGCCCCAAAAAAACUGCUCGAGAAACGGCUUUCCACGAGAUUAACCCGACAGUUCCUUUCGUCAGCUACAAAAUUCCUUUGAAGUAAAAAAGAAAUCAAGUUGUUUUCUUCUAACCUUAGUUCUUCAUUUAGGAGGAGAGUUGUUUGGUGGUCUUUUCAUGUUUAGCUGUUGACCUGAGUUUGGUUUGGUUUGAUUGAGGUAGAUAGCGUGAGCUGUGCUUGAACCUUGUGACCGCGUUGGGUCUCAAAGACCUGAACACCAAAGCUUCAGAAAAAAAGGAAGAAGAGUUAGAUGUUAUUGUGGACUGAACUGCGACGACGGCAACUUGCACGAAAAUUCGAAUCCGUAAGUGGACGAGGGUCACCGGGACCACUGAUUUUCUUUUGCAUUCGUGCAGCUAAGCCCUCAUUUAGCAAACUCGAGACGCUUCCACAACGUUCGUCUUGGCCCUCUCUUUCUUGUCCUGCACGAAUUGAUUAUCCACUGUCCUGCACUACAUCUAAUUAGGCAGCGAGAUCGACAUUACGAAUGAACACCACCUUUACCAAAACAAGCUUUUGCUCCAUCCACGGU